AUGACUGACGCUACUACCGCUACUCCAGCCAACAGUGAGGCUCCUACCGAGGAGGAUGCUGCUGCUAAGGUUGAGCUCCCCGAGGGCGCAACUGCCCGGAAGGUGGUGGCUCCUCAAGAGGAUGAUGGAAUGGAUCAUACGCCUACUGAGGAUAUGAACAAGCUCGUUCAUCUUAACGCAUUGGAGCCCUCUCAUGUUGGCACCAUCAAGGACGUCUCUGCCUCUAACAGGCUCAUUCAGAGGAAGUAUGCUCCUAAGGACUUCCACUGGUCUAAGUCGGCUGAGAUACACAGACUCCGAAGGAAGCAGAUUGUGGAAGCGCACCCAGAGAUCAUUGGAGUUCAGGGUGCCGACAACCGUGAAGCUGUGUUCGCUACUUUCACUGUCCUAGUCCAGUUCAUCAUGUGCGUCCUCGUCAAGGACUGGUCAUGGCCUUCAGUCAUUCUUGCCACUUGGUUGGUCUCUGGCUUCAUGGAGCAUUCCAUCGUCAUGGGUGGUCACGAGCUCUCUCAUGAUAUGUUCUUCAAGACUAGGUUCUAUAACAGGGUUUUCUCCCUCUUCCUUAACCUCCCUGUGGGCGUUGCUAUGAUGGCUACCUUCAGAAGAUACCAUCUGGACCAUCAUUCUUCCCAAGGAGUUCCGAAGGUUGAUGUUGAUCUUCCCACUCGUUUCGAAGCCAAUCUAUUCCAACACAAGCUUGGCAAGUUCAUCUGGGCUCUCCUCCAGCCAUUCUUCUAUGCUCUGAGGCCCCUAGUUGUUCACCCUCUCCCCAUGAAUCUAUACGAACUCAUCAACUGGUUGGUCCAACUGCUGUUUGAUAUCGUCGUUGUGAAGUACCUUGGAUGGAAGUCCUUCUUCUAUCUUAUCGGUGGUCUCUUUAUGGGCUUGAGUAUCUUCAACCCUAUCUCUGCUCACUUCAUUGCCGAGCAUUACGAGUUCGUGUAUGGUCAGGAAACCUACAGUUACUAUGGUCCUCUCAACUUUAUCGUCUACAAUGUCGGACUCCACAAUGAACACCAUGACUUCCCCAAUGUGUCUGGUUUCAACCUAUGGAAGGUCAAGGCCAUUGCUCCCGAAUGGUACGACAUUCCCAGCUAUACUUCCUGGGUAAAGGUCCUCUAUCAGUUCAUAACUGGCGAGAAUAUGAACUUGUAUUGCCGAGUUAUGCGCAAGCACGCGUAGAGCGUACUGAAGAGACCUCGUCACUGGCUUUGAGUGACCAUGUCAUCAUUCGUGAGUGAUCCAAUGCUAGUCCAUUUUCUCCGUUGCUGUUCCUGAUGUUAUACUGUUGUACUGUUGAGCAGUUGUUUCUAUCUGAUCAUUUCCAG